GAACCGAGGAGGGAGGAGGAUGCUGGUGGUGGAGGUGGCGAACGGCCGUUCCCUGGUGUGGGGGGCCGAGGCGGUGCAGGCGCUGCGGGAGCGCCUGGGCGUGGGGGGCCGCACGGUGGGCGCCCUGCCCCGCGGGCCCCGCCAGAACUCGCGCCUGGGCCUCCCACUGCUGCUGAUGCCUGAGGAGGCGCGACUGCUGGCCGAGAUCGGCGCAGUCACCCUGGUCAGCGCCCCGCGCCCGGACCCUCGCCAACACAGCCUGGCACUGGCAUCCUUCAAGCGCCAGCAAGAGCAGGGCUUCCAGGAACAAAGCGCUCUGGCAGCUGAGGCCCGAGAGACCCGUCGUCAGGAGCUACUAGAGAAGAUUACAGAGGGCCAGGCUGCGAAGAAGCUAAAGCUGGAACAGGAAUCAGGGACCAGUGGGAGCCAGGAGGCCGGUGGGAAGCAAGCUGCCGAAGAGAGUGAGGCCAGUGCUGGCCAGGCUGCUGGAGAGCAUGAGGAAGCACAUGAAGGCUCCUCUCCCCAGCCAGGGCCUUCAAAUGGCAUGGCCCCCUUACCAAAGUCUGCUCUGCUCAUCCAGUUGGCCACUGCUCGGCCGCGGCCCAUCAAGGCUAGGCCCCUGGACUGGCGUGUCCAGUCCAAAGACUGGCCCCACGCUGGCCGCCCUGCCCACGAGCUUCGCUACAGCAUCUACAGAGACCUGUGGGAACGAGGCUUCUUCCUCAGUGCCGCUGGCAAGUUCGGGGGUGACUUCCUGGUCUAUCCUGGUGACCCGCUCCGUUUCCACGCUCACUACAUCGCCCAGUGCUGGGCUCCCGGGGAUCCCAUACCACUCCAGGACCUGGUUUCGGCUGGCCGCCUGGGCACCAGUGUCAGAAAGACGCUGCUGCUUUGCUCUCCGCAGCCCGAUGGUAAGGUGGUCUACACGUCCCUGCAGUGGGCCAGCCUGCAGUGAGCUCCAGAGACCUGUGGGCGCGUGGCCAUGUCCGUGGCAAGACCCUUUCUAGAUGGUUCCAAGCUCAUCUCUGCGUGGGAGGCCCCGCCCCGCAUCCUACCUCUCUUGGUGAUUAGUGUUCGAUUCCAGAUUUAUAAACACUACAUCCUCCUUAUAUCCCUCCCCAAUCCAAAGCACUUAGUGGCUGUGUUGUUUUUAUAGUUACCAGUUUCCAACCAUGAGUUUCCUGAGUGUGAAAGCUGAUUCAUUUAUGUUUUCUACAGGACUUAGGU